AUGAUGGGCAGUCCCCUGUUCGGCCAGUAGGGGGCGGUGUUUUCUGCUCUGACAGCAGGAAGUUAAAGAACAUCCACAUCACAUCCGUCAAACAUCACAGCAACAAAAAGGUUUGAGGCAGUCCCACCAAAGUCCUGCUCAGAUUGUCUGUAGAUGCCUUCUGGAGCUCCAAAGGGGGAGAACUGCCUUGUAGACAUGGACAGCAAGGCUGGAGAUCUGUUCAGUGCUGACGAUGCUCAUCCAACUGGCACAGGUGGAGCUGGAAUCAUGGCAAAGCUCUGGCUCCCCAAAGGCUUCUCAGCCAGUAUGGCUAAAGAGUGGAUUGACAGGCGCCGGCUGUCCAUCCGACCUUGGGCAAGCUUUGUGGACCAGCGCAAGUUUUCCAAACCUCGCAACUUUGGAGAGAUGUGUCAAAGGGUUGUGAAAAAUGUGGAAACUUACAACAGCAACUAUACCUUCAUCUUUCUGGGUCUCAUCCUCUACUGCAUUAUCAGCUCUCCAAUGCUACUGAUUGCCUUGGCUGUGUUCAUUGGUGCCUUCUACAUAAUUCACCUCAAGUCUCUGGAGUCCAAACUGGUUAUCCUCGGCAAGGAGCUGACUGUCCCUCAUCAGAUGAGUCUGGCUGGUGCUGUGUCUCUUCCUGUGUUCUGGUUGGCCGGAGCUGGAGCUGCAGUCUUUUGGGUUCUAGGAGCGACACUGUUUGUGAUUGGCUCUCACGCUGCGUUCCGUGAGCUGGAGGGAUCCGACAUGGAGGAGCUUCUCAUGGAGCCUGUUUGAAGAUCAGGCUGAUCUCUCAGCAGGUGCUGGUCACCCAUCAGUCAUCUCUUUGACCCUGUGACAACAUCAGCCCAGAGAGGCUGAAGAAAACCUGCUCCCGGAUCUGUCCCUUAGCUAUUUGUACAUCCUGCAUUCCCCGCAAUAUAUACAUCCUGUAUUACCUCCUCUCAGAUCUGCUCCUUAGCUUAUGUGUGCAUCCUAUAUUCCCUGUAUUUUACCUAAGCCAGUGUACCAGGAAUGCACCUUGUCUUGCCUCUGUCACUGUUACAAACUGUGUGACCUUUUUAAAACUCAUGUAUUCACAUAAUGCACUAGAUGCACAAACAAAUAAUUUGUAAGUUAAUAUACAGAAUAAGGACAUUGUCACACAGCUUAUAUGCCUUUUCUUGCAUAUUUCAUACAUUGGAAGCCUGUGGUUUGUGUCAAGGAGCCUUUGGUUCCCCGCAAUGUGUUAGUCUGCUGGGAGUAUCUGUGCUAUACUCUCUGCUGUAGAAAUCUACAGAAUUAGCUUCUGUAUCGUAACCACCUGAUAAGAUUACUGAUUUCUUAUGUAAAGUACAUGUAUACACAGUAAAUGCAAUGUUUGGAAUUCUAAAUGGCAAUAAACUGAUUUAUUUUCCAAAGGAAUAGUGCCAUUUAAAGCUUUAAAGAUAAUGAUCACGCACAAAUAAUUAAAAUGUCUAUCAAGAGAAUGUAAAAACCUUUGGGGUAUUUCAGAUAUGGGGCAGAACAUAGAUGUGUUGUUAAGAGGAAAUCUUUAAAGGUCAGUACAUUGUAAUGGUCUUUUGUAUUUGGGAUAAUAUGGUACUUUGCUGAUUGUCUGUAUGCAUAUUUAUCAGCUCUGCUUACAACAUUCAUAUUUGAAGGUCAUUCUCUAAACCACAAAUAUUUCUUUGUUGAAAUUCAUUUUUCAUUUGUUUACAUUUGAAUGGAACUUGGGUGUUUUUGUAUUUAUAUUACAUUUUGGAAGUGCAAUAAACCCCUGAUGUAAAGGUAA